GAAUCUUCCACCCUCGCUGAAGUCAUUCAACUCGCGAGCUUCGCAGGCGCUAGGGUUGGCUGGGUAUGGGUUCUCUCGAUGCACGCGAUGUGCGCGCUACUAGGAUGCGGGGAUGGCUUUACAUAGCAUGGGUGUUUUUGUUCUUCAUGCUCGCUGGGCUUCUUUCAUCGAGGCGGAAUCGCGGGGUCGUCGGCUCCUCAGCAGCCAGAUCAAGUUGGUUCAGAUCACCUUCCAAGUGGCUCCCUUUCGCUCUUUACGGCGACUCCAACGUCCUUGACGAGCACCCAAUACCACGGCUCAUGGCCGACGCGGAAAAGAAAUUCAAGACAUUGCUCGCAAAGCAAAGCAAAACCCUCCCAGAGGCGGUCGCAGAGUACAAGCGCCGGUACGGUCGAGAUCCGCCUCUUGGAUUCGACGAUUGGUGGAAGCUAGUAGACGAAUUCGAUGCAAUUGUCGAAGACCUUGCUCCGUUUUGGUCACUCAGUGGUGCAGAGUUCAGAUGGAGGGCCUACGAAGCUGGGCAGCUACCUUCUAUUGAUUUGGUUCGCAUAGAAGAUGGUCUUGCUAUCGACCUGAAGGUAGAGAAGAAGUUCAAGGACACCGAGAAAGGACACCGGGCUCUCGGUUUCCGUCGGCUUCUUGAAAAGUUCCAAGAUAAGCUCCCAGAUAUGGACUUCCCGAUCAACGCAAAGGCGGAGGGUCGAGUGCUUGUACCUUGGGAACACCAGACCUAUCCUAAUCUCACCACUGAAGAGCUUUCAGUGGAAAACUUUACUCCCGAUUGGAAAGGGACAGGCAGUGUCUGGCAUGCAUUCCGUCGUACCUGUGCUCCAGAUACCCAAGCACGUCGGCUAUUCAGCUCCUACCGGAACCCGAAUGCGGAGAAACCGAGGAGUCUACUUGGUCCCCAGAACACUGUCGACGAAGUGUUCAAUUUUGCGGAGUCGGUCGAUGUAGACCUCGACUACUGCCAUUACCCCUGGGCUCAUUUCACCCAAGGCCACUUCUUUUCUGACUGGCGCACCGUGCCACAAUUAUAUCCCGUCUUUUCGCCUGCAAGAGCCAAAGGUUUCGCAGAUAUCAGGAUCCCAAGUCAUUACUAUCACGGUCAGAAUUCCCGCUAUACCUAUGGCUGGGAUCCAACCAACGAAGAUCCCAAGGAAAUCGAUGAUAUGGAGGUUCCCUGGGACAAUAAGGUUGAGGUUAUUUUUUGGCGAGGAGCCACUACCGGUGGAGGAAGCACGCCGCCUGGGUUUUCUCCUUUCUACCAGCGGCAUAGAUUCCUUCGUAUGGCACAUGAAAACGCCAAGGCAAACUAUACUAUCAUUCACGAAUCCCCUCUCAAUCCCGGCGCAUACAUAUCUACAACUGUCCCCGCAAUGGAGCUCAACCGCGAAAUCAUGGAUGUCGCCUUCGUGUCUGCGGUCGGCAGUUAUCCGGGUGGCGAAGAAGCCCUGCGUCGAGAGCACCGGUUCGCACAAUCUGUUCCGCUUGGCGAGCAUUGGUCGUAUAAAUAUCUCAUCGACCUGGAUGGCAUGUCUUAUUCAGGCCGAUUCAUGGCGUUCAUGGCAUCCGACAGCGCUGUCAUUAAGUCGACUGUGUACAAGGAAUACUUUACAGACUGGAUACAACCAUGGCUGCACUUCAUACCUUUGUCAUCAUCUUAUUCAGAGAUAUACAAUAUUCACGCUUACUUCUCCGGACCGUCGAGCGCAACCCUGAGAAUAGCCAACAUGUCACACGUCCCUGAGGUCAAGAACAUACACACAAAUGGGGACCAGCAGUUGAAGAAGAUAGCACGAGCUGGGAAACAAUGGAAAAAGACCAUUGGACGCACUGUCGAUAUGGAAGCGUAUGUAUAUCGACUAUGCCUAGAGUACGCCAGGCUCUGGGCGGACGACCGAGAUGCAUGGAGCUUUGUACUUUAGUAUCAUUAGCUUUAAUCCUUGGGCGUCUUGGAGUUGUAGGAUUUUCGUCAUUUUUUGUGCUUGGGUUCGAUGUUGUUGCAUUGCUUUCCAACAGAAAUACCACGUCAUACCUUACACGAGUUCAUCCGCGAGCACAUGCAGAAGCUGUAUGUGCAGUGUCAUUACCUUCCGGAUGUGCAGGCCUAGUAGGACAGUCACUUCCGUGAGUGUCCCCCCCUCGAGCACACCUGCCCAAAGGGGAGGCUAAUUGUAUCCUGUCGCAUGCUACUAGUUAUUUAUUGCAUGUUAUUAUCGCUUUCAUGACUUGCAAACUGAGGUGGCGAGAUACAUACCAGGCGACGUACGCACGGUAAUUUGAAUGCUAGGGCUGUCGUUCGAUAUUUCAAUGAUUAACCGCACAUAAC